GCCGCCGCAAGCCGCACCCGCCGCAAUGCCGCUGUCCACGCUAAUCGCGACCGUGCUCGCCGCCGUCGUCUGGUGCGCCGCCUACCUCGCCGCGGCCAUCUCCGCCGCCUUCUGAUCCGCGCGCCUCCCCCCUACAGCCCACCGAUCUCCCCGCCGCCGCCGCCGCCGCCUUCUGGUCCGCGCGCUUACCUCCUCCAGGCUCCAGCUAUCUCCCUCCGCCGCCUAUCCCCUCUCUAAAACCCUACUCCUUCCCAGCCGCCCCGCCGCCUCCAUGGGAUACGCGCAGCUCGUCAUCGGCCCCGCCGGGAGCGGCAAGUCGACCUAUUGCUCCAGUUUGUAUCAGCAUUGUGAGACUGUGGGUAGGACAAUUCAUAUGGUCAAUCUUGAUCCUGCUGCAGAGCACUUCAGCUAUCCUGUAUCUAUGGAUAUUAGGGAGCUCAUUUCAUUGGAUGAUGUCAUGGAGGAACUUGGAAUGGGGCCAAAUGGCGGGCUUAUCUAUUGCAUGGAGCACCUUGAAGACAAUUUGGAUGAUUGGUUGGAUGAGCAACUGGAGGGCUAUUUGGAUGAUGACUACCUUGUGUUUGAUUGCCCAGGCCAGAUUGAACUCUUCACUCAUGUCCCAGUUCUCCGUAACUUUGUCGAACAUUUGAAACGGAAAAAUUUCAACGUUUGUGCUGUGUACCUUCUUGAUUCACAGUUUGUUAGUGAUGUGACAAAAUACAUCAGUGGUUGCAUGGCUUCUCUUUCUGCCAUGAUUCAGCUUGAACUUCCUCAUAUCAACAUUCUUUCAAAGAUGGACCUGGUCUCCAACAAAAAAGAUGUGGAAGAGUAUCUGAAUCCAGAAGCGCAGGUUCUUUUGUCACAGCUGAACAGACAGAUGGCACCCAAGUUUGGCAAGUUAAAUAAAUCGUUAGCUGAACUGGUGGAUGAUUACAGCAUGGUGAAUUUCUUCCCACUUGACUUAAGAAAAGAGAGCAGCAUUCAGUAUGUGCUGUCGCACAUCGACAACUGCAUCCAGUAUGGGGAAGACGCAGAUGUCAAGGUUAGGGACUUCGAUCCCGAGGAGGACUAAUCAAUUGAUCGCGUGCAAAACAUUAGGCAUUAUGUAGUGAACAUGUAGUGAUGGGACUACAGAGUAUUCGAGUACUCAGAAGCAUCCGCAGGAUUAUUACAAUGUUGUUUACAUAUGAGUCCUAUCUGUUGAUCAAACAGGCAGAACGCACGCUAUUAUCUGCAACUUACUGUAAAUCAAGGUAAUCGGUUGACUGGCUAGAAACAAGCUGCUACUUGUCAAAAAAAAAAAAUUCUGUAUGACAUCAAAUACUAGAGGUACCUGAAUGUCGACAUCUCCCUUGGAUAUGUUACACCUUAAAUUAAACUUGCAAGGUCUAUUUGGAGUAAUGCA